GAUAAAAUGGCGCAGAACCUGGUGAUGAGGCAGAUGGAUGAGAGGCAGGUGGUGCAGCAGAUCAAGCUUAUGCUCUGGUCUCCAAAGAUGGAUAUUAUAGCCACGGCAACGGAUACUGGAGAUGUUAGUUUGUAUCGUCUACAAUGGCACAAGGUUUGGUCUGCACCAUCACACGAGGACUCUACUUGUACUGCACUCAGUUGGAGACCUGACGGUAAACUUGUAGCUGCAGGAUACUCCUCCGGACUCCUGGCUAUACGGCAUAUAGAGUCCGCUCAAGCAAUACAUACAGAACAGUUAGAUGCAGAGAUAUCCUGGAUAUCUUGGAUAGAUCGACCACCAGGAUUCAUCUCAAAGGAUGAUGAUAUAUACAGUCCUUUAGGAGACUUCAACUGGGAUCUAAUGUCGAAACUUCCAUCCUUGGAUAAAAUCUACAGUUACAAUGAGAAUGGGGAGGAUGAGUUACAAGAUUGCAGGAAGUUGGAUGAGAGUUCGAGUGUAACUAUUCUCUUGGUUGGAACUAGAACUGGGAGUAUUUAUGUUCUGAUCAGUGGUUUCCUAAUGUGUGCUCGUCUCUCUAUCUCCGACCUGCUCGGAGCCCCCUGUCAGAUUCUGAAUGUAGUGCUUGCCAGUGAUCUUAAAACAUUCAGCUGUAUUAUUGAACAGGAGGAAACUACAAGGUUGAUUUUUGUUGAGUGUUCUAUAGUAUCUACCUGCCAGGCUGAGCUGGCCGUCCUAGCGACCAAAUUUAAUCUUAUCCAGGGUACAAUACAGUACAUGGAGGAUACACUCAGUAGAAUCAGGGAGAGUUGGGAGAAUAUCCUGCUGGAGAUGGAUACUAAACUAGCUGGAUAUGCUGAGAUGAACCCUCCAGGAACUGUUGCUGCGGAUUUUUUGGGACUUUUACUUUUUGGAACUUUGACUCCAGAACUGGAAACUUUUCUGCGAGAGGAUAUGACGGAAAAGGGCCUUAAAAGAAUGGGUCAGUCUAUAGAGCUGAGUUACUCCAACAUUCAGAGGUUUGUAAUCCGGUAUCUUCAUCCUGUCUGUCAGAGUCUUCAUUUCCAGCUCGGGGAACUUAUUGGUCUUGCCAGAGCCAGUCCAAGAUUCUCAGUCAUAGGAGUAUCCGAAGAUGUUGUAUUUCAAGCUCUGCACUGCUCUGCCAGGUUCUGGUCCAAAGCUGUUGAACUCCAGCAGGUUAUUGACGAGUCCAUGAAGAACUUCAAGGCAUUCUUCCGCUGGUUGUACACGGAGAUAGUUCGGAGGGGUGGAGGAGAGAUACCGGAGGAGUUAAAGAGAACCACGCAGCAGGAUAUCAUGUUUAUUGCGGAGUUUAUCCGGAGGUUCGAGAAUAAGAACUUGAACUCUACUGGAGGAGGAGUAAGUAAUGUGUACCUGGAGAAGGUUGGACAGUAUCUGAAGGAAGAAGAUCUCUCUCAACCUCCAGAUAACACUAGAAACAUCUGGAAUCAGUUGCUGAAGGAGAACCCUGAGCUGCUAAACAUUCCGUUUAUCCUUCCUGUAAAUACUAAAACCUCAGCAGUCAAGGAGUUUAAUCUUCUGUCAGCAGCUGUCAACAAGAUAUUUAACGGAAUGUCCAUGGAUAAGACGAAUGAAACGAGAUUAAAGAUGAAUCUGGAAUUCUCUCCAGGCACCUUCCUACCUAACCCUCCGAUCUCAGAGGACACGACAGAGGACAAGUUCGAGGCCACACUGCAGAGUGCUCAAAGGGUUGAAGGUGACCUAGUUCAAGGAUCUGUGUGCUGGGACAGGGAGAAGAUCUUCUACUGGGAGCUGGAGCAGGACGGAAUCAAACCUAAACCUGAACCCAGAGGAACCUGGCUCACGGUCCAACAAGGCACUGUAGUUGUUGAUUUCUGUUUUUACACUAAGGAUAUUUUAUCCGUCCUUCUGGAGUGUGGUGCACAACAAACCCUUGUACAGCUUCCUCUACCUCUUGUCUCCGGAGCUCUGGAACCUUUUCCUCUCACCUCAAAGAUCCUUCCUACCUUCUCCCAGAACAGUAUCUUGGAGGUCGGAGGUCGGGCAUCCUCUAGAGAGUUGGAUAAUAUUAGAGCGUGUCAGAUGGCUGUAUCUGGACCCAGGAACGUGAGUAUCCUGCUGUUCAUGAACAGGAAGAGGCACAGGAUCUACGAUAUGCAGGUUGAGGAGGAGGAGGACGAGGAGGAUGAAACAUUCAACUCCUCCGGGUUCUCUGGGAGCACCGAACAAACUCAGCACUUUAUCGAUCAUUCCAACAAAUAUUGACCGAUCUUAAAGAUCAAUUCAAAACACUUUUUAAAACUAUUUAAUAUAUGUUUCUUACUUUUUGUAUAUUGAUAAUUUCCAUGAUAUCAGAAACUGUGUACUGUACCUGAACCUAACCUGUGAUCUCAUAUUCUUUCAGAA